AAAUAAUCAUACGAGGGAGGACUUCUAACCUGAUUCCGAACCGACGAUAUAUGUAGUAGACGACUAAGUCUUUGCUCAUUUAUUUAAGUUCAUGUUUUGCAAAAUAAGAGAGAAGAAUUAGUCUUCCUUGUGUUCAGGAACCAAACAAACAUAGUUAUUGAUUUAUAUUGCCAGCAUAUUGCUUUUAGAACCAUGAAAACUCUGGUAUAUAGUAGCUUCACUGCGUCAAAAUAACCACUCAUAUCACAAUGAAGCUCCUUAUUCGUCUCUUUAUCUUCUUCGCUGCACUCUUCAUCUCUUCUCUCCCAUCAUCUUACAGCUGCAACCCAAAAGACAAAAACACCCUCCUUCAAAUCAAGAAGCAUUUCAACAACCCGAAACUCCUCUCCUCCUGGGAUCCUCAAACCGACUGUUGUACUAGCUGGACCGGCAUUGAGUGCACUAACGGCCGCGUCACAUUAUUCUCUAUGGCCAGCGACGACAGCGUCGUCGGUCAGAUCCCGGACCAGAUCGGCGACCUCCCUGAACUCCGUACACUCGAAAUGAGUUCCAUGAAUCUAACCGGAAACAUACCACGCAGCAUCACCAAACUCAAGCACCUCGUCCUCAUCUUCUUAAGCUGGAACAAACUAUCCGGUCCAAUUCCUGAUUACAUCAGCGAGCUCAAAAGCGUUACGUUCUUGGACAUCUCCUUUAACAAGUUUACCGGUCCUAUUCCCGGUUGGCUUACUCAGAUGCCUAAGCUUCAGACCUUUCAGGCCGACAACAAUUCGCUAACCGGUCCUAUACCGAACUCUUUCGGUUCCUUUGUAGGCAACGUCCCUAAUGUUUUCUUGCCUUACAAUAAGCUCUCAGGAAAAAUACCGGAGUCAUUAUCAAAGAUCGACUUUCAAGCAAUAGUUUUGAAGGGAAAUGGUUUCACAGGAGAUGGUUCGAUGUUUUUCGGAGGGAACAAAAGAACAGUACAAUUGGAUCUGUCGAGAAAUUUGUUUGAGUUCGAUCUCUCCAAGGUUAAGUUCGGUAAGAGCAUGGCUUUGUUGGAUCUGAGCCAUAACCGAAUCUUCGGGACGCUUCCUAGGGAGCUGACUCAGCUACAUCUCGAGCGUUUCAACAUUAGUUACAAUCGUCUAUGCGGAAAAAUCCCACGUGGUGGUCAACUUCAGACCUUUAAAUCAUAUGAAUUCGCUGAGAACCGCUGUCUUUGUGGGUCCCCACUUAAGAAGGCUUGUUAAGUUUGUUUUAAUGGCGUGACUACAAAUAACUACGUCUUAUCUGUACGAUGAGGAUGUGUUAAAUAUCACUGCUAUUAAAGAAUUGUUCCUUAGAUGAAUUAAUGCUGUUGUAUCAUUUGUUCUUUUUUAAGAAUAACAUUCUUUUUGCUUUCAAAAGUGGUAUAUUUUGAUCAAAAAAAGAAAGAAAGUGGUGGGUAUCUCUAGUAUCCACUUGUUUGGCCGUUGU